AACGUGUACGCGUACGCGCCGAAUCUCGUCGGGUACGCCCGCAUCGCGCUCGCGAUCUGCGCCCUGAGGACCGCGUUCGCGGACGUGCGGACGUGUCUGCUGUGUUACUUCGCGUCGUUCGCGUGCGACGAGCUCGACGGCCGCCUCGCGCGGCGAUACGAUCAGUGCUCCGAGUUCGGUCGAGCGCUGGACAUGAUCACCGAUAGGCUGGCGACGUCGGGAUUAUUGGUCGUGCUCGCGAUGGAGCAUCGAGAGUGGUACGCGACGUGCGUGGGAUUGCUGGCGCUGGACGUGGCGUCGCACUGGACGCACGCGUACGUCCAGCUCAUGAUCGGCGCCGACGGUCACAAAUCCAUCGGCGACGAGUCCUUCUUUCUGUUGCGGUGGUACUACGGGAAUCGGAUAUUUAUGGGCGCGUGCUGCGUCAGCGUGGAGGUGCUGUAUCUGUGUUUG